AUGAGAACCAAUGUCUUGGGUUGUGACAGUUUCGCUGUAAUCGCCACAAAUAGUGACGUCCAUGACAGCACCAGACUGCUACGGCUUUUUAGCCGCAGGUACAACUCUAAAUUCCAUUGAGGGUUUCAAGGGUAUCCUGUAGAAUGCGAAUAAUAAAAGCCAGAGCCAACCAUCUCAGGCCAUUUUUGAUCUCAA